AACCAGCUAGGGCUCAUUUAUUCCUCACCCUCCAACCUUCUCACAUCCCACCUCCUUCUUCUUCUUCUUCACUUCAAAACCCCUUUGUUCUCUUCUCCUCGUACUCUCAUACUCCAACUGUUUUUGCUUGGCCAAUUUUGUGGCCAAAAUGUCACCUCCUCAAGAUAAUGAUGAUAUGAAGAAGGAGGAGGGGAAGAAGAAAGAAGGGCAAAAACCGCCACAGAAUGUUCCAUUGCUGAAACUGUUCUCCUUCGCUGAUUUUUAUGAUUAUGUGUUGAUGGUUUUAGGAUCCAUUGGUGCCAUUGUGCAUGGAGCUUCUGUGCCUGUUUUCUUCAUUUUCUUCGGAAAGUUGAUAAACAUUAUUGGAUUGGCUUAUCUUUUCCCCAAAGCAGCUUCUCACAGAGUUGCAAAGUACGCUUUGGAUUUUGUAUAUCUCAGUGUGGCUAUUUUAUUUUCAUCCUGGAUAGAGGUAGCUUGUUGGAUGCAUACUGGGGAAAGGCAGGCGGCCAAAAUGAGGAUGGCGUAUUUAAGAUCAAUGCUAAAUCAAGACAUAAGUUUGUUUGACACCGAAGCAUCCACCGGAGAAGUCAUUGCUGCCAUUACAAGUGACAUUAUUGUUGUUCAGGAUGCUCUUUCUGAGAAGGUGGGGAAUUUCAUCCAUUACAUAAGCAGAUUUCUAGCAGGUUUUACAAUUGGGUUUGUUAGGGUAUGGCAAAUCAGUCUGGUGACACUCUCUAUAGUUCCCUUGAUUGCCCUCGCUGGAGGCCUCUAUGCCUAUGUUGCUACUGGCCUUAUUGCCAGAGUGAGAAAAUCCUAUGUCAAGGCUGGUGAAAUUGCUGAAGAGGUGAUUGGAAAUGUUAGAACAGUCCAAGCAUUUGCUGGAGAAGAAAAAGCAGUUAGAUCAUACACAGAAGCUCUAAUGAGUACAUACAAGUAUGGGAGAAGAGCUGGCUUAACGAAGGGUCUUGGACUUGGCUCUAUGCACUGUGUGCUUUUCCUGUCUUGGUCAUUGCUUGUUUGGUUCACCAGCAUAAUUGUUCAUAAACGUAUUGCAAAUGGUGGGGAAUCCUUCACUACCAUGCUUAAUGUUGUCAUCUCUGGCCUGGCAUUAGGGCAGGCUGCACCGGACAUUUCUGCAUUUAUCCGGGCAAAGGCAGCUGCCUAUCCCAUAUUUGAGAUGAUAGAGAGGAAAACAGCCAGCAAAACCAGCCCUAAAAUAGGUUACAAGCUGGGAAAAUUGGAGGGUCACAUUGAAUUCAAGGAUGUCACUUUCAGCUACCCCUCUCGCCCAGAAGUAGUUAUAUUCAAUAAGUUCUGCCUUGACAUUCCUGCAGGACAGAUUGUAGCUCUUGUUGGGGGAAGUGGCUCUGGGAAGAGCACUGUAAUAUCUUUGAUUGAAAGAUUUUACGAGCCACUUUCUGGGGAGAUCCUAUUGGAUGGAAUUGACAUUAAGAACCUUGACCUCAAGUGGCUCAGGCAGCAAAUUGGGUUGGUCAACCAGGAGCCAGCCCUCUUUGCAACAACCAUUAAGGAGAACAUCCUCUAUGGAAAGGAGGAUGGCAGUCUUGAUGAGAUCACACGCGCUGCAAAACUCUCAGAAGCCAUAUCCUUCAUUAGCAAUCUCCCUGAUAGAUUUGAAACUCAGGUUGGUGAGAGAGGAAUACAGCUAUCAGGUGGACAGAAGCAGAGAAUUGCUAUAUCUAGAGCAAUAGUGAAGAAUCCAUCAAUUCUUUUACUUGAUGAAGCAACAAGUGCACUGGAUGCUGAGUCGGAGAAGAGUGUGCAAGAGGCACUAGAUCGUGUCAUGGUUGGACGAACCACAGUCGUGGUGGCCCACCGCCUUUCCACCGUAAGGAAUGCUGAUGUGAUAGCUGUUGUUCAGGAUGGAAAGAUAGUGGAAACAGGCAGCCAUGAGGAGCUGAUUUCCAAUCCUAACAGUGCCUAUUCUUCUCUAGUUCAGCUUCAAGAGGCAAAUUCUUUGCAACGGUUUCCCUCUCAGGGACCUAGCUUGAGUAGGCCACAAAGUAUAAGGUUCUCAAGGGAAUUGUCCCGGACAACGUCGAGGACAAGAACCAGUUUCGGUGCUAGUUUCCGUUCUGAUAAGGAUUCAAUAUUCAGCCGUGUUGCUGGUGAUGCAAUGGAUCCUGCAAAUUCCAAGUACAUCUCCCCAGGAAGAUUGUACUCCAUGGUAAAACCUGACUGGAUUUAUGGGGUAUUGGGCACAAUUGGUGCACUCAUUGCCGGAGCUCAGAUGCCCCUGUUUGCUCUUGGAGUUUCUCAAGCUCUAGUGUCCUAUUACAUGGGCUGGGACAUAACUCGCCAUGAAGUUAAGAAGAUCUGCAUCCUGUUUUGUUGUGCUGCAUGCAUUACUGUCCUCGUUCAUGCCAUUGAGCAUCUCUGCUUCGGAAUUAUGGGAGAGAGACUCACUCUUCGUGUGCGCCAGAUGAUGUUUUCCGCCAUUCUGAAGAACGAAAUUGGAUGGUUUGAUGACAUGAACAACACAAGUUCCAUGCUCGCGUCGCGUCUAGAGGGCGAUGCAACUCUGUUGCGAACCAUAGUUGUAGAUCGAUCAACAAUUCUGAUACAGAAUGUGGGUCUUGUCGUUGCCUCUUUUAUCAUUUCAUUCAUCUUAAACUGGAGAGUCACACUUAUCGUCUUGGCAACUUAUCCAUUGAUCAUAAGCGGUCACAUUAGUGAGAAACUGUUUAUGCAAGGGUAUGGAGGCAACUUGAGCAAGGCAUAUCUAAAAGCCAACAUGCUUGCCGCAGAAGCAGUCAGCAACAUUCGAACUGUUGCUGCGUUCUGCUCUGAAGAGAAAGUCCUAGACCUUUAUGCACAGGAGCUUGUUGAGCCUUCACGGCGCUCGUUCAACCGGGGUCAGAUUGCCGGAAUUUUCUACGGAAUUUCCCAGUUCUUCAUCUUCUCAUCUUAUGGCCUUGCAUUAUGGUACGGCUCGGUUUUAAUGGGGAAGGAGCUGGCCAGCUUCAAGUCCGUGAUGAAAUCAUUCAUGGUUUUGAUAGUAACGGCUUUAGCCAUGGGUGAAACUCUAGCGAUGGCGCCGGAUCUGUUAAAAGGGAACCAAAUGGUGGCAUCGGUGUUUGAGGUCUUGGAUCGGAAGUCACAGAUUGUGGGCGACACCGGAGAAGAGCUGAGUAAUGUGGAGGGGACGAUUGAACUCAAAGGUGUCCAAUUUAGCUACCCGUCGAGACCCGAUGUAGAGAUUUUCAAGGACUUUGCUCUGAGAGUCCGUACAGGCAAGAGUAUGGCGUUGGUGGGGCAAAGUGGGUCGGGAAAAAGCUCUGUCCUUGCACUGAUUCUUCGUUUCUACGAUCCGACAGCCGGAAAAGUGAUGAUCGACGGCAUAGACAUCAAGAAAUUGAAGCUCAAAUCUCUCCGGAAGCACAUCGGAUUAGUCCAACAAGAACCGGCUCUGUUCGCCACCUCAAUUUACGAGAACAUUCUAUACGGUAAAGAAGGGGCAUCGGAAUCGGAAGUAAUCGAAGCAGCCAAAUUAGCCAACGCACACAGUUUCAUAAGCUCCCUUCCGGAAGGCUACUCAACCAAAGUCGGAGAACGAGGGGUGCAGCUAUCCGGCGGGCAGAAGCAGAGAGUCGCCAUUGCUCGGGCUGUUCUGAAGAACCCAGAAAUCUUACUCUUAGACGAAGCCACAAGCGCCCUGGAUAUGGAGUCGGAAAGGGUGGUGCAGCAAGCCCUGGACCGGUUGAUGAGGAACCGGACGACGGUUAUGGUGGCGCAUCGACUGUCGACGAUAAAGAAUGCCGAUCAAAUAUCGGUCAUACAGGAUGGAAAAAUAAUAGAACAGGGGAGCCAUUUCAGUCUGAUAGAGAACAAAGAGGGCGCCUACUAUAAAUUAAUCAAUCUCCAGCAACAGCAACAGGGCAAUGAUUAAUUAGAUUAGUGAAAUUCCCACUUUGUGAAUUUAAUUAUUAAUGGAGGGGGUUUACUACCUGAUGAUAAUAAGAACUUAUCUUUUUAUUAAUGGUUAAUUAUUUUAUAGUUUACAUAAGAUAGACAGUAAAGUAGGAUUAUUUGUGUUGUUUUAGAAGUAUAGUUGGUAUUUUUAACUCUUCUGCUUUGGUAUUAUGUAAAUUGGAAUAUUUUUUUUUUCAAUAUAUGAAUAAUAUAAUC